AUGGCAGACCGCAAAUGCAUUACCCUCACAUAUCAAGGCCGCAUCGCCAUCAUCACGCUCAACCAGCCCGACAAGCUGAAUGCCCUGGACAUCGACUUGUACCAGCUGCUGGCGGAUCGGUUUCGCGAGAUUGAGCAGAGAGACGACAUCUACAUUACUGUGCUGACGGGGGCGGGGCGCUUUUUUUCUGCUGGCGCCGACAUUCGCAGUAACAGCCCUGCUCGGAUCUCUGACAGUAGCUUGAGUCUUGCUGAACGCCGCCGACAGGUGGUGGGCGCAUUCCUUGUUAAUAACCUGGAUACGACGCGCACUGUGUAUAAUCAUUCGAAGAUUCUAGUCGUUGCGCUCAAUGGUCCCGUUGUGGGCCUGUCUGCUGCCUUGAUUGCGUUCGCAGACUUCAUCUACGCUGCUCCCCACACAUUCCUCCUCACCCCCUUCUCGUCACUCGGUCUUGUAGCCGAGGGCGGUGCUUCCAGGGCCUUUGUUGAGAGACUCGGGAUAUCAAAGGCAAACGAGGCUUUGAUCAUGAGCAAAAGGAUAUCCUGUGACGAACUCGUGGCAACAGGCUUCGUGAACAAAGUCAUUGCUGCGCCGUCGGGAAGACCAGAUGAUUCUGAUGGGUUUUUGAAGGCGGUGUUGACCGAAGUUGACGAACGGUUAGGCCUGCAUCUUAACCAAUCUAGUCUCCUCAAAAUCAAGGAGCUCAUUCGGCGCCCGUCCCGUGAGGUCCUCGAGAGACAGAAUGUGCUUGAGGUUUAUGGUGGUGUGGACAGGUUCCUUGCCGGUUUUCCUCAAGAAGAAUUUAGAAAGCUCGCCAUCGGUGAGAAGAAGCAUAAGCUAUGA